AUGUCUAUCAACAAGAUCGCACUUGUUGGAGCCACUGGAAAUCUCGGACCAGCAAUUCUGAAAGCUUUACUUGGCAAUGGAUACGAGGUCACAGUCUUAUCGCGAGAGGGGAGCACCUCAACUGACUCUUUGACGAGUCAUCCAAGACAGAAGAUUACCAAGGUUAAUUUCGAAGAUGUCGACGGUAUCAGUGCGGCGUUGGAAGGCGUCGAAGGUGUUGUUUCCAACGUGGCCAGCAGCGCCCUCUUGUCGCAGAAGAAGAUUAUCGAUGCUGCCAUCAAAGCUGGUGUUCGCCGUUUCUUGCCUAGCGAUUUUGGUUCAGAUCUAGGUAUCGAGGUCAACAAGUCCGUGCCUUUUAACGCCCCAAAAGUCGAGGUAGCCAAUUACCUCGAGGAGAAGUCGAAGACUCAUUCAGAAUUCAGCUACACUCGAGUCUACUGCGGUCCAUUCUUUGACUGGUGUUUGAUGGUGGGCCUCUUCGCGAACCUCAAAACCCAUGAGGCGACACUAUGGGACGGCGGAGAGACCAAAGUCUCUACCACGACUCUCGCUUCAGUCGGCAAGGCUGUCGUGGGCGUAUUCGAGAACCUUGAAGCAACCAAGAACAAGGAGGUCCGCAUUGCGGAUGUGACUAUCACACAGAAAGAGAUCCUUGAGAUUGCGAAGGGGCUCGAUGGCAAGGACUGGAAGACUACGACGGGCAGUACAGCUGAAGCAUACAAGGCUAGCUUGGAGGAACUUCAGAAACCCCAGCCAAACAUGCAACUCGUCAUCUUUAAUCAGCUGUACCGCAUCAUUUUUGGAGCCGAGCAUGCACCCGAUAUGGAAGGAAAGCUGGACAACGACGUCCUUAGACUACAAAGAAUGACCCAGGAACAGGUCAAGGAAGUCGUGAAGGCUUGUAUGGGAUGA